GGAAGUGACGGAGAUACAGAAAAGUUUGGAGGUCAGGAAGUUGUGUAGCUGCUUUGGGUUUGUAGACUUGUAAGAUUAGCUCAGCAGUAGUUGUUUUGCUAGCUGAAUGAAAGUAGCUUUGUAUCAGUGUGUAAAGGGUAGAUGUGAUUAGUAACACUGACUAGCUCCACCCAUGGUUCUGCUUUCUGACAGUCCUUUAGUUUUGAAGAAGAAGGCUGAGAAAUUGUAAAGCACCAUCAAAUGGACUCUGAGGUGUCUGUGAUGCUUCACUGUGCUCCAGCUCAGGGCUUUGAAGAGCAUCAAGUACAAGCAGAGAUAUCCAGCAGGUUCAACCGCAGAAGUCUUCCUGAGAUCGAGAAACAUAUAGAGGCGGUGUGGAAGGAGCGAGUGACCAGAGAACCGUGGCUUUUCAACGGGGCAAAAUUCAGACUGCACUCAGCAGAACUUUUCACAACACCUCCUCAGAUAUGUACAGAUCCUCCCUCACCGUCCGAAACAGCCCAGGCUGACAAACAGUUUCCUUCCUGCGGCGAAGGAGAGCACGCCUCUCAGACGGAAAGGCAAACCUCGUCGGUUAACACAAAUAGUGAGAAGAGCAGCUGCUGUAGAGAAGCCGCAGGAGAACCCCCGAAAGACGUGAGACCUUCAGAGGCGGAUAAAGCGAUCCUCCGAUUACAGCUGGGUUUGACGUGUUAUAAAGACUUCCUAGGGACCAACUGGUCAGAAGAGGCCGUGAACCUGCAGCAGCGAGGACGGCUGGAGGUGGGAGAUCCUCAGGCUCUUCUGGCGCAGCCUCUCGGGGUCGGUGCUGUCCUGGUUACCUCCGAUGGACAGGUGGUGAUGCUGAGAAGGAGUCAGAGAGUCGCAGAGGCAGCUGGGCUCUUAGACAUACCCGGUGGGCAUCCUGAGCCUAAGGCUGUGUGCCAGGGGGUGAGUGAGGAGGACAUCAGCGUGGACCUCAUGCAGGGCUGCCAGAGAGCCGUCGUGGCAGAGAUCUUCUCCUCCGUGUGCGCCGAGGUCAGGGAUGAGGUGAAUAUUCCACUCGAUUCUCUCAGCGCACCGGUUCUGAUGGGAAUAGCACUGAACCACACCAGCGCAGGACGACCCAGUGCAGAGUUUUACAUCAGGUGUUCUUUGACGACGGAAGACGUAAAGGAUUUUUAUCAGCGCGGAGGCCCUGAAGCUCACGAGUCUACAGAUAUAGUGUUCCUGAGUAAAGCGGAGAUGCUGCAGUUGGAUGUGAAGGCGCCAUUGUGGUCAGAACUGUGUCCGUCAGCCAAAGGAGCCGUGCUGCUGUACCAACUAGUGAGACCCGAUCAAUCUUAAAAACAACACGACACACAAGCGUUUCCACGUCUCUAAUAAUCAUUAGCCAUUUCAAAGAUAUCUUAGAAAACUGUGAUUGCCAUCGAGAUGGAACUAGAAAGGUUUCAUGCUCCUGUUUACAUGUUUGCCAGUUAGCCCCGCCCCCUCCCACAGUCUGAGCUGGAGGGAAAGGGAAGGCUUGAUAUUUUUAUAACAAUUGUUAUUCACCUCUCAGGCAGAAGAGUGCUUUAAAAUGACCAACUAUUCCUUUAUUUUUAUGACUGUAAAAUGUCUGAGGUCUGUACAAUGGUUUUUAAAAUCUUUUCUAUUUUUGAAAGCUUAAUAUAUUUCGCAUAAAGUGCACUGUCCUGGAAAUCAAUAAAACACAUUUUGUACAAACGAGUCAAACGGAUUUGUAUAGAUUUUGAAGCAUUUUUGUGUUCAGUGUUCAAAAAAAUUUCCAAAACGUUCAGCAUUUUGAUUCACAAAAGGAAAUGCUUUUCAGAAUACUGCAGUAGCAUUUGUAUUAUUUUUCUUGUACAAAAUACAUAGAAAUCACGCACUCUUUAAAACGACAGCGUCAGAGCCACAAUUCUUCUUUACAUCUCUGAGGAAUAAAAGUUCUAAAGCAGUUCUUCGACUCCAGUCUGACAGCAACUGAAUGAAAAAUAUCUUUCAACUGGCUUGAUAAUUUACCAAAAAGUCUGGUUGCCAAAAUAAUAGCUUUGGUUGGCAUAGUAGCUCUGAUUUUGGUUACCCAGGUUCCACUGCGGGAGACAGGAAAGGGAAAAACGUGAUUAAAAUAUGAAUCGGAAUUACAAAGAAUUCAGUUGAGACUUACUAAAUUGUGUGAGUGUUCAUUACUAGGGCUACCAUUCCUUAAAUAUACCCUUAAAUGACAUUUUACAUGGCUAGAAAGUGACCCAGAUGCUACCCACAUGUCUAGACAACAUUGUUAUCGAUCAGUGUAUGAUGUAGGACCUAAAUAUUCAGAUUUUUAUAGUUUGAAAUGGUGAGAUGUUUUACUCAGAUUUUGUUGUAAAGAUUUAGUGUUUUAGUAGUCUACACACGAGUACACCGAUCAGGCAUAACAUUAUGAGCAGUGACAGGUGAAGUGAAUAGCACUGAUGAUCUCCUCAUCAUGGCACCUGUUGCUGUGAUAGAAGCAGGAAAAACGGGCAAGCGUAAGGAUUUGAGCGAGUUUGACGACGGGCCAAUUAGUGAUGGCUAGACGACUGGAUCAGAGCAUCUCCAAAACUGCAGCUCUGCGGAUGAUCUAUUAAAAGUAUUCUUUAAGUUGUGUAGGACAUAAAGGAUCUGCUGCUAACAUCUUAGUGCCAGAUACCACAGCAUACCUUCAAGGAUCUAGUGGAGUGUUUUGGCAGCAAAAUGGGGAACCAACAAAAUAUUAGGCGGGUGGUCAUAAUGUUAUGCUUGAUCGGUAUACAGCUGACUAUUAGUUAAAGAAAGAAAGAAAAAAAAGAAGGUGAGGAGGUCAUCCAAAUGAUUUACUGCAUGUAAACAGUGUGAACCCUUUCAGUUAUUCACCUGGUCAGUACAGGGCUGAUAGUAAUCUCUGUAUGUCUGGGGAUCACUGUUAUAGCCAUAAGGCUGAGAGAAAGCAGAAUAGUUCCAGCCCUGAAGACGAGAAAAUACGCUUUUACUACAUGUCAUUCAUAACGUAAACAGCACAAGAUUUCAGUUUAAUGCAAAAAAAUAAAUAAAAUAAAUAAAUUCAUUAAUAAUGUGGAAAAUCCACUCACAUUUUGUUUAUGGCAUCCCCACAGUGGCUGCUGCACGUACUGACUGCAGCCUUGGCUUAAUCCUGGCAGAUGGAACAGCAGAAUUAAACACAACCUUCUAAGUAUAAAGACCUAAUUACAGGAAAGCAGAUGCUACUUUCUGGCCAUCUGCGUCAUAGUUAUCUAAGCACAGCAACAUUUCUAGGUUUCACCCUCAUCGUUACUGAUUAUCACGUGAUCGGUCCUGUGCAGUUUUCCUCACCGUGUGAAUCGCCGUGACGUUUAUGAAGACGUUUUUUUUGCCUCUUGCGUUUAGCGGGUGUAGGUAGGAGACGUGUGGCUUCUUCUUUAUAGCUUGUGAGGAGUUUCUGCGCUUCUUCACGGCAGAGCUCGACAAACAGGAUGUCCUCCAGGAGAUUUCCCUGCUCUGGGAGGGUGAAACUCGCUGCAGGACCAUACACAUGAAAUAUCUUUUGAGAUCUCAACAGUACAGUAUGUUCUAUCCUAGGUUGCCUAAUUGACCCUUGUGGUAAAAAAAAGGCUCUAAAUAGGACAUGGAAGAAAGAAAGAGAGAGAGAGAGAGAAUCUUGACUAUUAAUAAUAUUCAAGAAUUUGCACUUCCAGGUCCCUAUUCAAAUGUGAGCAAACGUGUGAAAUUGAUCAUGUUAACUGCUUUGUACAAAAUGCCAGAUGUCUAAUCUCUUCUAUAGAAGCACGUAUUAUAAAGUUUAUCAUAAAGUCAUAAAGAUCAUAAAGUUUUGCACCGAUAUGUUUGGUCCGUUCACGCUGUCCACCAAACA